AUGCGGGUGCAGCUCGGAGACUGUACUGUUUUGCUAUCCCGUGGCGGAUGUACGCUGGAGGUAUCGUUCACCUGGUACGGGGUCGGGUGUCGUCAUGGAUGUGUGCUGGAACUGGCUGCUGACACAGGACUGUCUUCGCGGCACAACGCGUCGGAGAAAGUUGACAGUGGAGAUGAAUGUUGGCGGCCGAGUCUCCGCUUCGUAUUCGUGUCUAGAAUGCGUUGCCGUUUCGCGACGCAAGCCUUUGAUCCGCAACUUGCUCUGGGGAGUUGCACAAGCGCUGGACCCGAGCUGUGGUCCCGUUCGCAGGACCUUCCGCUUAGAGGGUGGCAUGUACAUUUGGUACCCGCCAGUGAGCGCCGUGGCUCGAUUAGAGGCCAAUUCAUCGCGAGGGCUACAGCAAUUGCGAGCCACCUCUGGUCUUCCUCCAUAGAAAUACAGAGAAGCCGCUGUCUUUAA